ACUUGUGUCAAAGUUCAACAAGCUGGAGGUGACACUCGUGUAAGGUGACGAAGCCUGGUUCGGUAAGCAAAAAGCUGAUAAUGGCAGAAAUUCUCAGCGGCAAGGUUGUGUCCGAAGAAAUACGGAAUGGACUCAAGGCGGAGAUUGAGGAGCUACAACAGAAGUAUCCUGGUUUUCUACCUGGUCUAGCCAUUGUACAGGUUGGAGGAAGAGAGGACUCCACUGUGUAUAUUGGCCAGAAAGUAAAGAAUGCUGCAGCUGUGGGUGUUAAGGCCACUCACGUCCAGCUGUCACGGACCGCCACCCAGGACCAGGUUUUACAGGCUGUAGAGAAACUCAACACUGACCCGUCAGUUCAUGGGAUCAUCGUCCAGUUGCCACUAGACACAGAGAAUGAUAUAGACGCCCACUUGGUGACCAACUCCAUACUGGAGAGUAAAGAUGUGGACGGGUUGCACCAGUCCAACGCAGGGAAGCUGGCCCGUGGUAACCUCAGUGGAUGUGUGUUGCCUUGUACACCACGGGGAUGUCUGGAACUUAUCAAACACUCAGGUCAGAGCAUCGAGGGUAAAACGGCCGUGGUCCUGGGACGGAGUAUGAUCGUUGGGUCCCCAAUGUCCGACCUCCUCACCUGGAACCAUGCCACUGUGACAGUGUGCCACUCUAGGACGAAGGAUAUACCAAGCAUCGUCAAAUCAGCUGACAUUUUGGUGGUUGCCAUAGGGAAGACUGAGUUUGUGAAAGGUGACUGGAUAAAGCCAGGAGCUAUUGUGAUUGACUGUGGCAUCAACUCAGUGCCUGAUGAAACCAAGAAGUCGGGGAAACGCCUGGUAGGUGAUGUUGAGUUUGCCAAAGCCAAGGAAGUGGCAGGGUGGAUUACUCCCAUCCCCGGGGGGGUGGGACCUAUGACCGUCGCCAUGCUGCUGAAGAACACUGUAGACCAGGCCAGAAAGGCGUGGGAGAAAGCAGGGAACUCCAGCAGAUGGAACCUGUCACUCAACCCACUGACUCUGAAGAGACCUGUUCCCAGUGACAUUGAAGUAGCUCAAUCACAGACACCAAAGAACAUUGAAACCAUUGCCCGGGAGGUGAACCUCCUGUCAGACGAGGUGGAUCUGUACGGCAAAAAGAAGGCCAAGGUUUCCCUCCAAGUCCUGAACCGCCUUAAGGAUCAGAAGGAUGGCAGAUAUGUGGUAGUAACCGGCAUCACUCCCACACCCCUAGGGGAAGGGAAGAGUACUACCACCAUUGGUCUUGCUCAGGCCAUUGGCUCACAGCUGAAGAAAAAUGUGUUUGCUUGUGUCAGACAGCCAUCGCAGGGACCCACAUUUGGAAUCAAAGGUGGAGCCGCUGGAGGGGGAUAUUCCCAGGUGAUUCCCAUGGAGGAAUUUAACCUGCAUUUGACCGGUGACAUCCAUGCCAUCACUGCUGCCAACAACCUGCUAGCCGCUCAGAUUGAGGCCAGGUUGUUUCACGAGAGCACGCAGAAGGACGAUGCUCUGUAUAAACGUCUUGUUCCCGAUAACAAGGGCAAACGCUCCUUCUCAAAGAUCCAGCUUGGCCGACUCAAGAGGCUGGGAAUAGACAAAACCGACCCCGAUAGUUUGACCCCUGAGGAAGCCACCAAAUUCUCCAGACUUAACAUGGACCCAUCCACCAUCACCUGGCAACGAGUACUGGACACCAAUGACCGCUUCCUGAGGAAGAUCACUGUGGGUCAAGGACCAAACGAAAAGGGUCACACACGAGAGUGUCAAUUUGACAUUGCUGUGGCAAGUGAAAUCAUGGCGAUUCUUGCACUAACUACUAGUCUACUUGACAUGAGAGAGAGGCUCGGUCACAUGGUGGUGGCCAGUGACACAGAUGGAAACCCAGUCACUGCUGAUGACCUGGGUGUGAGUGGGGCGCUGGCUGUACUGAUGAAGGAUGCAAUAAGACCAAACCUGAUGCAGACACUGGAGGGUACACCGGUCUUUGUCCAUGCUGGCCCGUUUGCCAAUAUUGCCCACGGCAACUCCUCCAUUUUGGCAGAUAAGAUCGGCCUCAAGCUUGUCGGAGAAGACGGAAUUGUUGUCACUGAGGCUGGUUUUGGAGCAGACAUUGGCAUGGAGAAAUUCUUCAACAUCAAGUGUCGCUAUUCUGGUCUGGUUCCCAAUGCUGUUGUACUGGUGGCUACCGUUCGGGCCCUCAAGAUGCACGGAGGGGGCCCCACUGUGACUGCAGGAGUACCCCUCCCUAAGGCCUACAUAGAGGAGAAUUUGGAACUUUUACAAGCAGGUUGUCUUAAUCUUGGGAAACAGAUUGACAAUGCAAACAAGUUUGGAAUCCCUGUGGUAGUAGCUAUCAACUCGUUUGUGACUGACACACCAGCUGAGGUUGCGUUGGUUCAGAAGUUUGCUCGCGAGAACGGUGCGUUUGAUGCGGUCAUCUGUAGCCACUGGGCGGACGGAGGGGCCGGAGCUGCGGACCUGGCUGUGGCCGUCGACAAAGCAACCAGUCAACCUAGUAACUUUAAAUUCCUGUAUGAUGUCAAGUUGUCUAUUGAAGAGAAGAUAGAAAUUAUUACUAAGGAGAUAUAUGGUGCAGACGGUAUCGAGAUCCUCCCUGCUGCUCAGGAACAGAUUGAUCGAUAUAAGAGACAGGGGUUCAAUGACCUUCCCAUCUGUAUGGCCAAGACUCACCUGUCACUGUCACAUGACCCCAGUAAGAAAGGGGCCCCUAAAGGGUUCACUGUACCCAUACGAGAGGUCAGAGCAAGUAUCGGAGCAGGGUUCAUCUUCCCUCUUCUUGGAGCGAUGAGCACCAUGCCAGGUCUGCCUACUCGCCCUUGUUUCUAUGACAUUGACAUUGACCCGGACACAGAAGAGAUCCUCGGGCUUUCCUAGUCGACACUUACACGGAAACAGUCUCUGGCCUGUAUGACUGGACGAAACUAUGAUGCCCAUGAUAUCUGAUAAAGGGAUCAUCCUUUGGUUAUUUAUAGCUCUACAUGACAGAAGAGAAAUACAACAAAGCACUGUUAACCCUUUCACCCCUAUGUAACUUUAGUAGACUCUACUGUGCAUUGAUAUGGACGAGUCCAUUAUGGUCUACAGUGGUGAAAGGGUUAACAGGGAUAAUUUGAUUGUGCGGGGAAAAGACAUGGAGUAACACACCUUUUCUUAUGGAUGGAACAGAUUUCCUGUUUGGACCGAAAUGUCUGGAAAUAAAUUUCUGAAAAGGUUGACACAGGAAACAUUUCCAAUGACAAAGGAAGUUUAUUUGAGUGUAGAUUAAUGAAAUUUCAUUAGAGCACAAAUCAGGGAUAUAUAUAUAUAAAAAAAGUGUAAUGAAAGUCACUUCGGCAGGGAUUUCUUUUGUAAGGUUUGUGUGGAAACGUGUAACAACUGAUAAAGGAUUAUCAUGUUUAUUAUUAUCUUAACCAGGUCCACUGUAUGUUAGUUAUGUUUUGGUAAGAGGUUCGUAUGUAAUCAUGUCAAAUCUAUGCAUGGAUAAAACAUAGCAGUUGAUUAUUGUUGAUAUGCCAUAUUCCUUAAUUGCUUUUCAAUCAUUAAAUGAUUUGUUUUUUG